GAGACAGCUUCGACAAACGGCACGCCAGCUGAAUUGGCGUCGAUCUCCAGGCGCUGAGUUUCCUCGCUGACGGCCAGCCUUCCAGCAAACGGAUAGAACUCCACCAUGGCCUCCUGGAGGGCCCGGAAGAGGACCUUGGGAGCGUCGGCAGCACCGGACGAGUAGAAGUAGAUGGAGUCGACCAUGAAAACAACAGUGAGAUCGAUGUUUGGGAGGAAGAUCUUGGCCCGCGGAGUUGGCCCGGCGGGGAGUGCCGAGCUGCAGCUCUGGAGGGUCACUGGGAGGAGCUGGGAUUCCAUGGCGAAAGGCGGAAAAGAAAGAUAUCCGGGGAUGGGAAUUUAGCAGCCAACUGGAAGGGGAAAGGGAUCAACACAGGGAAAACGGUGGAUGGCUCUCGGCUGAAAGGUGGUGAAGAUAUUAAAUUUUCGCGAUGGAACAGCGUCUUGGCGUGAUGGGGAGGCAUGCAGCUGACGUUGUCCUUGGAGGAAUGGGUUUCUUAGAACCAUGCGAAAUGCUCCUUUUCAAACGAAAUAAGGAAGUCAACAAACUAGAAGAAGACCACAGUGAAGUGAAGUUGGAUAAGGUAUGUGGAGGUACCAAAGGUCGCUUUAAAAAAUAGAAUGCGACAAGGAGCUUACUUCACAUUGUUAAACUGUUGGCUAUGGAGUUAGCCUCGACAUUGCCGACACCAGCAAAGAUUGGCAGCACCUUUUGCAAUUGUUCUACACCCAGAGCAAGAAAUCGAGUCCACUGCACGAGCACGGCACAAGCAACUAGAACCUUGGAGCUGGAAUUAACUUAUCUGGAGGGAAAUAGCUGGCUGUGGAGAGUGUCGGGGGUCUCUAUUUUGGUUGAUCCAGUCCUUGUUGGAAAUCUAGACUUUGGAGUUCCUUUUCUAUAUGAUGGUGCAAAGAAAAACCUCCACAAACUCAAGCUUGACGAACUUGGAGAUGUGGAUUGUCUACUUAUCACCCAAAGUUUGGAUGAUCAUUGCCACAAAAGAACUCUAGAGCCUCUCUCAAAGAUUUAUCCACAACUUCAAGUCAUUGCAACUCCAAAUGCUGAGCCAAUUCUUAGCAAGAUCUUCAAACAAGUCACUUACAUAGAACCAGGCCAAGAGACAAGUUUCAGGGCCUCAAGCAAGUCAAGUUUAAAAGUAACAGCUUCCGCAGGACCUGUUCUUGGACCUCCAUGGCAACGACCAGAAAACGGCUACUUUGUUGAGACGUCUGAUCCAAAUGCCCGAAUUUACAUUGAGCCUCACUGUGUUUUUGAUCGGAAAUUGCUCCAAGGCAAAACAGCUGAUGUGGUGAUUACGCCUGUGAUCCAACAAAAGCUUCCAUUGUUUACACUUGUGUCAGGCCAAGAGGACGCAGUGGAGCUUGCUAAGACUUUACAGCCAAGAUAUGUUGUACCUAUGAACAAUGGCGAUUUAGAUGCCAAAGGAAUCCUUGCAAAGCUGCUGGUUGAAGUGGGGACUGUAGAGAGCUUCAAGACAUCUUUAAAAGAAGUUGCACCAAGAACACAAGUCGUGGAGCCAACACCUGGGAUUCCACUCCACUUGACAUUGUGAGAGUUUUUCUUUAUAUGCAAACUCGCGGCAAAGCAGUGGACCUCAUUGGUUUUGUUCCUCCCAGCCAACCAAGAGAGACGAGACACUUUCCUCCUAGAGCUUAUGGUGGCAUUCACAGACUCAAGCAUCUGGAUCAAGGGAGCCGAGCUAUUCCAUUGGCAUAUCAAGAGGAAAUGAUUAAGUCUCGACCUCCACCCCACUUGCUUUAGUGAAGUUGCUAUUGUCUCUGGCUUAAUCACAAGAUUGUCAAAGUUAAUUAGUUCCAGUCAAAAAAAGACUUUUCCAACAAGGACUUUUGAACG